AUAGAGGAGGAGUGAAUGGAGAGUUCAGUUUUCAGGGCGUAUGAGGAAGUUGCUGUAGGAAGAAAAACAACCGAGCUGCUCUUUGCAAAAUGCCUGGAAAGAAAGUCUGUAUCGUGGGAUCUGGAAACUGGGGCUCCUCCAUCGCCAAGAUCGUCGGGCACAAUGUGAAGAGGUCCAACCGCUUCGACCCCAUGGUCAACAUGUGGGUGUUUGAGGAGGAGGUGGACGGCAGGAAGCUCACGGAGAUCAUCAACACCGACCACGAGAACGUCAAAUACCUGCCGGGCCACAAGCUGCCCAGGAAUGUGGUCGCCGUCCCCGACAUCACAGAGGCCGUCAAAGGAACGAAGAUCCUCAUCUUCGUCAUCCCGCACCAGUUCAUCGCCAAACUGUGUGACCAGAUGAAGCCCCACGUCACUGAGGGAACCAUCGGGAUAUCCCUCAUCAAAGGUGUGGACGAGGGCCCAGACGGCCUGAAGCUGAUCUCAGACAUCAUCCGAGAGAAGCUGGAGAUCGAGGUCAGCGUCCUGAUGGGAGCCAACAUCGCCAACGAGGUGGCAGACGAGAAGUUCUGUGAAACCACCAUCGGAGCAAAGAACGAGGCGAACGGACACAUCUUCAAGGAGCUGCUGCAGACUCCCAACUUCCGCAUCACGGUGGUGACGGAGGGCGACACGGUGGAGCUGUGUGGAGCCUUAAAGAACAUCGUGGCCGUGGGCGCUGGGUUCUGCGACGGCCUCGGCUUCGGCGACAACACCAAAGCGGCGGUGAUCAGGCUGGGUCUCAUGGAGAUGAUCGCCUUCGCCAAGCUGUUCUGCAAAGGCCCAGUGACCUCGUCCACCUUCCUGGAGAGCUGCGGCGUGGCCGACCUCAUCACCACCUGCUACGGGGGACGCAACCGCAAAGUGGCCGAGGCCUUCGUCACGACCUCCAAGUCCAUCGCUGAGCUGGAGGCGGAGAUGCUGAACGGCCAGAAGCUUCAGGGUCCACAGACGUCAGCUGAGGUUUAUAAGAUCCUACAGAAGAAAGACAUGGUCAACAAGUUCCCUCUGUUUGCAGCCGUCUACCAGAUCUGCUUCGAGGGCAAAGAGGUGAAAGAGUUCAUCACCUGCCUCCAGAACCACCCUGAGCACAUGUGAGCGGUGUGACGACGCCUCACCGCCACCAGAUGGCGACAGAGAUCCUCGAGCUGGAAACGCACAACUUAACUCAGUCAAUUCAACCAAAGGCACUUUUUAUAUCUUUUCAUUAGAAACAUUUCAUCAAGCAAACUACUUUCAUUUAGCUUCAAAAGCAAUUUGUUUUAUUCAUGUUGUACUUAUUUUAAAAUGACUAAUUUUACUUGUGAAAAGUUGGUUAAAGAGUUAGAAAAUGAAAGUUAAAGAUAUUAAAUAAAUGAUGAUGAAUAUGAGGUAAAUAAUAUGUUAUAUUGCAGCCUAAAACUACAAUAAAAAUGGUAUAAAAAUACCAAAUGCUGUACUUGUUGCCUUAAAUACUACA